AUGUUCAGACUUAUUUUUGUAGCGCAGUUACCAAGGGUAGCAUUAAGACAAUCAACUAGAAGAAUUCCAUUGUUAAGUUCUAUAAAGAAUAAAUAUAUUGGCAAAAACUUGUUUAUUAGAGGAUAUGCCGAACACAAUAUCAACAGUACGUUUGGUAAUGAAAUCCCAAAAGAAGUCGCCAAUUUAACGUUAAAUGACUAUCAUAAUGCAGCAGAUGAAUAUUUAGAAAAUUUAGUAACGGGGCUAGAAGAAUUGAGUGAAGACAAUCCAAAUGAGUUACCUGAUGUGGAAUUGAACCAUGGUGUAAUGACCUUGGAAAUCACAGGUCUUGGUCCCUAUGUGAUCAAUAAACAACCACCUAAUAAGCAAAUAUGGAUAGCAUCGCCUGUAUCUGGUCCAAAUAGAUUCGAUCUAUAUAAAGGACAAUGGAUAUCACUAAGAAAUGGGUUAAAUCUAACCAAUCUAUUGACAGCUGAGUUACAACAGGCAAUUCCAGGUGCUUCAUUAGGAGAUAUUUAA